AUUUGAACCGCAGGUGAGAAUAGGCUAACACAUUUCCACAGAAGAAGCAACAGUGACAUUACAGUCUGCAGUACUGGACAAUUAUGUACACAAAUGCAUCUUCUGCAAUUUUACUGACAUUGGAAACACUGGACAUGUCUAAUGCAUAUAUUUACCCAGCAUUUUUGUUUGGGACUUUAACAUAUCUGUGUAUUAUGUUUUUCAACUUGUUGGUAUUAACAACUAUUGCUUGUAGUAAAAAGCUACACAAUCCCAUGUUUAUCCUGCUGUUAAACCUGCCCAUUAGUGACAUGGUGGGUGCUACAGCUUUUUUCCCUCAUCUUGUGUUGAGCAUUGUGACAGAAAACAGACAGAUUUCCUAUUCUGCAUGUAUUACUCAGGCUUUUCUAAUUCAUUUGUAUGGUGGAGGAAACUUGUUCAUCUUGACUGCCAUGGCAUAUGACAGAUAUAUUGCUAUAUGUUGUCCUUUGAGUUAUAAUGCAAUCAUGACUCCACAUACCUUAGUAAAAAUGAUUUUUAUUUUGUGGUUCAUGAAUUUCUCAAUAGUAGCCACACUGAUUUUUUUGCUUUUACGGUUCAGAAUCUGCAGGACUAAUAUAGUGGAUUUGUUCUGUAACAAUCCAUCAUUAGUGAAACUGGCCUGUGAGGACACCAGUGCGAACAACUACUAUGGAUUUUUUGCUAUAGUCGCACUCCAAGGCUUACCACUGUUGAUAAUAAUGUACACGUAUGCACAGAUUUUGAGAACAUGCAUUAUGAAUAAUCAGACCGAUGCAAGGCGAAAAGCCAUUCAAACAUGUGGCUCACACUUAGUCGUUUUCUUGUUGUUAGAACUCAAUUCUGCGUUUACACUUCUUGCUCAUCGCUUUGCGAGUGCGUCCCCUUUUCUGAGAAGGGCUUUUGGGGUGUCAGUUUUAAUUUUCCCUCCCUUUUUGGACCCGAUUAUAUAUGGACUGAAAACCAAAGAACUCAAGAAGAGGAUAAAAAAUGUCCUAAAAAGAAAUUUUGCUUCAUAAAAGUUAUAACCAGUUGGGGUGCCCGGAUAGCUCAGUGGGUAGAGCUGGCGACCCAUGUACCGAGGCUGAGUCCUUGCUGCAGCAGCCCAGGGUUCAAAUCUGACCUGUGGCCCUUUGCUGCGUGUCAUCCCCUCUCUCUGCCCCGCUUUCCUGUCUGUCUUCAGCUGAUAGCAAGCUAAUAAAGGAAAUAAAAAGUUAUAACCAGUUUUCCGGUUUGGCUUUCCUAUAAAACAUUUUAUAUUCAUAUGGGAAACUAAACUCAUGUCAACUUCCAAAUCCAGUAUAAUUAAAUCCUUUGAGCUAAAAUAGUCUUUUUACAAACAUAUUUGUUACACGUUUUUUCACUACGGUAAAUAAAUAGCAAAUUACACAUUUAUUAAUUUGAUGAUAUAUAUUUUGUGAUAUCUAAAAAUGAUGUAAUGUUCAAAUUUAUGUUAAAAUAUGUCUAGAAUGAAAUUGGAAUUACAAUAUUGAGCCUUGGUAGACAAAUGUCACAACUGUCCCUGGUUCGAUUCUAGCUGGUGGCCCCUCUCCCUCCCUUUCCUGUCUGGCUCUUCACCUCUCACUAUCAAAAUAAAUAAGUAAAUAAAUACUACACAUCACAUGAAAUAGAGUAAUUUUAAGAAAUGGUAAGGUGUAUUAUGACAGGAACUAAUCUGAAAGAAAGACUGUGGGAAUUAGUCACAAUAAUGACAGGCCUUAAAUCAACAAAAUCAUUGCUGCAAACAAAAGAAAGUUACAAGAGGUGCACAUAAUUAAAAAUCGAAUAAAAAAGAAUAUACUUUGUGAAACUUUGUAAUGUAAUGCUAGGAUGUCUACAUAUAUAUAUAAUGUGGUCUAUAAUAUCUGCUAUUGAUGUGGAAAUGAAAAAAAACACGGAUUUAUUUUCCUUUACAAUGGAAAUUAUAUGGAAAUCUAAAUACUGUAUAUUUAUUUUACUUUACUUUACUUUAAAUUAAAUACAAGCUUUCUAGUAUGUAUCUAUGGUAAAAUGUCUGUAAUUUCCUUAUAAAUUAAAUAAAUUUAUUGGCAAGUGUGAAAA